UCACGAAGGGGCGGUUUUCAUACUCAUUUCAUUACCGAGUCUUACAGCGUCGAACACCACAGUUCAUGUCUAACGUUAUGUUGAACAUCCUCCGUUUCCUGUCCAAUACGCUACACAGCGACAUCUAGCGAUUUCAUAUGGGAUUGUUAUGAACUUAUUCAUCGUUGAAUGUUGGACACUGUCAAUGUACUUUGUUCUCCCUUUCAAACGUGAUUAUUUUGAGCCAUGACCACACGGACUGACCAGCGGCCCGCAGUGCCCAUGCAUGGAGUCGUGUCUGAGCGCAGCACGCUCAUAGGGAGAGACUCCCGGCCCGAUAGGCGGGGAAGGCUGACGGCGUUCCUGCUGGCUUUCCAGGCGCUGUUCCUGGGUCUGUUCGCGGGGUUCGUGCGGUAUGGCCCGCCUGCAGGACCGGGUAUUGCCGCCGCCGGCCCGACUAUCGACCACUACUACCCGAUGUUCCAAGACGUUCACGUGAUGGUCUUUGUUGGUUUCGGUUUCCUGAUGACGUUUCUGAAGAUGUACGGUUACGGCAGUGUGGGGUUCAACAUGCUGGUGGCUGCCUUCGUGCUGCAGUGGGCCAUGCUCAUGAGGGGAUUCUUAUAUAUGGAAGACAACACAAUCAACUUAGAUAUCAGCAGCCUGCUGACGGCUGACUUCUCGGCGGCGGCCGUGCUGAUCUCGUACGGCGCGGUGCUGGGGAAGACGACUCCCGUGCAGCUGGUGGUCAUGGCGUUUCUGGAGAUCGCUUUCCUCACCGUGAACGAAUGGAUCGGGACCGUCCAGUUCAAGGCGCAGGACAUCGGAGGCUCGAUGUUCGUGCACGUGUUCGGGGCGUACUUCGGACUGACGGUGGCCCGCAUGUUGUACAGGCCCGAGGUCUCAGACAGCGCCAAAGAAGGGGCCAACUACCAUUCCGACCUCUUCAGUAUGAUAGGUACGGUGUUCCUGUGGAUGUACUGGCCAUCCUUUAACAGCGCCCUGGCGGUAGCAGACGGACGGUACAGGGCCGUAAUCAACACGUACCUGUCUCUGGCCGCAAGCGCUGUGAUCACCUUCGCCAUAUCCUCUGCAGUUGACAAGGACGGAAAAGUUAACAUGGUUCACGUACAGAACGCCACGCUGGCCGGCGGGGUUGCUGUCGGGACAACUGCAGACAUGAUGAUUCAACCCUGGGGGGCGCUGCUGAUUGGCACCGCCGCCGGGACGCUUUCAACUAUGGGAUUUACGUACGUUCAGCCGUUCCUAGCUCGUCACAAGCUCCACGACACGUGCGGAGUGAACAACCUGCACGGCAUGCCGGGGCUGCUGGCCGGCGUGGCCGGAGCGGUGGCGUGCCGCCUGAAACUGUGUGAUCUCGGUGAAAGGUCGGCUAGAGAUCAGGCAGAAUACCAGAUGGCGGCGCUGUUUGUCACCCUUGGAGUCGCAGUGUUGGGCGGAGCCGUCACGGGCAUCAUCCUCCAACUGCCGGUCUGGGACAGGCUACAGGCCGAGGAGCUGUUCGAUGACAGAGUAUAUUGGGAGGUUCCAGAUGAUGAAUACGAUGAUUCCGAGCCCGAGCCCCGGGCCCAGUCCCACCCCCGGGCCCCGUCUGUCAUUCAGGACGCAGAGUGAACGACCGGGCAAAAACAUCUUAACUUAAUUCCGUCCCUUGAUAUAACAAAGUAGUAUCAAGAAGACUUCAUUCAACUUGCAACUGUCGUCAUUGAGAAACAUAACUUGGCUACGUCACUAGCCUGGUAUCCAGCCGUAUUACAGCUCUCGAGGCUAUUCUGUAUUUGCGGAGAGGACAGAAGAGAUUGGGAACCAUUGCACGGCUGGAUACCAGGCUACUGCGUCACUACUUUGUAAGUUGUUGUUUUUCUUCUUAAUAAACUUCUGGUAAUUUUACAAG